AUGGUUGUAUCCACGAAGCAAACAUCAGACAACGGAAAUGGUCUGAUAGACCUUUGCGAGCAGACGAAGCUCAUCAUUGCAUCCACGUUUAAGAAGAAUCAUCGAUGUCAUCAGCUUACGAGGCAAAGGACAACCCCACCAACGCCAAAGAAGCAGCGAAAACGGAAGAUGCCUGGUUUCAGCUCGACUACGUUCCGACGAAGAACAUACCUCUGUCAUAUCCGAAAAUAUAGAGCUGUCUGGGACGACGCAUUCGAUUUCGACCACCACCCUGUUCUUAGCUUUAUAAUACGGUUCCAGAAAAGAUCAACCGAAGCUCGACUUAGCAUUUCUAAAUAA